AUGUCUGUUGAAGAAACAAAUGUCGAUUUAGGGUUUGAUCCAACCUUGAAAAAGAAGAAGAAGAAGUCAACUAAAACGGUUGAAGAAUCCAAUGAAGCUACUCCAGAAGUUGAUGAUGUUUUAUCAGGUUUGAAGAAGAAGAAGAAGAAAUCAAAAGAUUCAAAAUCAACUCCAGAUGCUGAUGAAAUAAAUACUGAUGAUGUUACAGAUUCAUUAGGUGAAUUGAAAUUGAAAAAAAAGAAGAAGAAGAGUAGUACGCCAGUUCCUGAUGAUGAUUUUGAUAAACAAUUGGAAAAAUUAGGUUUAGAUGAAACAAAUACAACAAAUACAAAUACAGCAGAAACUAUAACAGAUGAUGAUGUUAAUGCUCAACAAUCUAAAUAUGGUUUACCUUAUGAUGGAUUAUUAUCAAGAUUUUUCCAAAUUUUAAAGAAAAACAAUCCAGAAUUAGCUGGUGAAAGAUCAGGUACAAAAUUCAAAAUCCCUCCACCAGUUUGUCAAAGAGAAGGUAAUAAAAAAACUGCAUUUGCCAAUGUUCAAGAAAUUAGUGAAAAACUGCAAAGAUCUCCUGAACAUUUGAUUUCAUAUUUAUUUGCGGAAUUAGGUACUUCAGGUUCUGUUGAUGGUCAAAAAAGAUUAAUUAUUAAAGGUCGUUUCCAACCAAAACAAUUGGAAAAUGUUUUGAGAAGAUAUAUUAUUGAAUAUGUUACAUGUAAAACAUGUAAAUCUAUCAACACACAAUUGAAAAAGGAAAGUUCAAACAGAUUGUUUUUCUUGGUUUGUAAUAGUUGUGGUUCAACAAGAUCUGUUAGUUCAAUUAAAACUGGUUUCAGUGCUCAAAUUGGUAAGAGAAAGAAGAUGUAA